AUGGACCACAACGCCCAACCCCAAGGGCAGCCAUCCCAGAUGGACAUCGACAUCCACGAACCCUUCACAACAGCUGAGCGCAUUCAACAGCUCAGCAACGUCGACAACGACAUUGUCUCCCUCCUCGAACUAGCCUCCAACGCCCUUCGCUGCCUCGCCUCCCCACCACCCUCCACCUCCGACGCCCAAAACCCCAGCCAAACCGAAUCCGAGCUGCAAAAACAACAAGCCCAAGACCAAGAAGACGCAAUAGCGCGCUUCACCCAAAUCCAAUCUACCUUCCUCUCCACCCUCGACCGCGUCGACAAGCAACUGCGCCGCCAAAUCUACGCCAUGGAAGAAGCAGGCAUCAUCAACCUCCGCAGCUCCUCUUCCAACCCCAACGCCAACAGCCCCGACGACGAAAACAACACCGGCGGCGAACCAAGCGCCUCAAACAAACCAGGUGGUUACGCGGCCGCUGCUGCACCCAAGAACCCCGGCGAACUCACACGACCAGCCAAGAUCGAGACGCACAACGGAGCGAAGUGGGUGCGGCCCGUGGCGGCACGACUGGACCCCGAUGGCGUGGGGAGAUAUGGGAAUUUGGAUGUGGGGAGGAUGAAUAUGGCGAUUGAUACGGUGGAGAGGGAUAUGGAACGGGAGCUGUGGGCGAGAGCGAGAGAGCAUGCGGAGAGGCUGACGAGGGAGAAGGGAAUAUCUGCUUCUGGGUCCCUUGGUGGUGUGAUUAAGAAGGAGGAGGGAGGAGCAGGAGCGGAUCAUAUGGAUGAGGAUUAG